CUAUUAGAGUGACUUAAGCUAGGACAAUUGUAACACAAUUAACACAUCCGGCCACCUUUAACUCGUUAUGGAAAAUCGGAAAGUACCACAUUUCAACUACAUAACCCAUAAUGCACCAAAAACGUUUCCGUCUUUGUUUACGACACUUUACGACGCUCGUCACGCAGUAUCUCGAGUUGCUCAUAUUUCCAAAUCCAACACACUCAGCUAGAAUAAAAUGUUCAACAAAAAGCCCAAAAGGAAUUUUCGACAGAGAAAAGGAGACUCCAGUGAAGAGGAGGACACGCCGGUGGCCAGCGUGGAUAUAGACGGCUCGGACACGACAACAAUUGUGGUAAAUAAGCCGCUUAGAGGAGCCCACUCCCGUGGAAUCUCAUGCAGUUCAAAGCGGGAAGCGACCACUCCAAAGGUGGAUGAUGGUGACGGAGAGGACGUGGACACAUCAGAACCGACAGAGAAAGAUGAGACGGGGAAAUACAAAGAUGCCAUUAAGAAGAAAACAAGCACGGUGCUAAGUUUCUCCGAUGACAAAGAAUCUCUAGAACCUGAGUUUAAAUUGAAGAAGUCGUCUGAUAAAACUGUGCUGUUCCAAGUGAGAAAAAAAGAAGCUCCACCUGCCAGAACUAUCCACAGCACUGAGGCGGACACAUCUGCUUCUCCCAGGCGAGAAUGUGGCAGCCAAGCAUCGCCAUACAGUUCUCACCAAAGUGACACCGAUGAAGAUCAAGCCGAGGAGAUUGAAAAUGAAGAUGAUGAUGAGGAGGAGGAUGAGGCUGCCAGUUCCUCGUCAUCUAGUUCAAAAUACACCCACACUGAUAAUAAACCAGUUGUAAUCCCCAACAAGAGGCAGAUCGAAGCAGCCAAGAGGCAGCGACGCACCAAUCAAUCCCAGAAAGAGUUCAUCCCCCUGGCAAGAGGCAAAGAUGGGCGGAGCUCUUGUAGUAGCACACCUGACCGCUACAACAAGGAGGAAGUGGAGGAGGAAGAUGAAGAAAGGGAUGAUGAUGAUGAGGAAGAUGAUCACGAGAAAAGAAUUGAGUUUGCCCCACGCUUAAAAAGCGUCAGGGAGAGGAUUGCGGAGAAACUUGGUGGAAGUGAUGGCAGUUUGUCAGGGACUGACGAAGAGGAGCAGGAGCUUUGGGAGGAGACCCAAAUUGGCAAGGGAGUCAAGAGACGGCCAGGAGGACUUAGCCCAUCUGGCAGUGAGUCCAGUAACUAUAGCUGCAGUAGCUUUCAGCGUGAUGAACGACAAAGACAAAAGAAGAAAUCAAUCAGAAAGAUCCCCGAGACGCUUCCCUCCAUCACUGUCUCAAUGGUUAAAAGGAGGAUCACUGGAAAACUGGACUCCCUGAAGGAGGUACACAGAGCGCGGCUAGCUGAGCUGACUAGAAUGGAGGGAGAUGUUGACAGUGCUAAAUCCUCUCUGGAGAACCUUGAGGAAAGCUCUUCUGAAAAACAACUCAAGUUUUACAGGGACAUGACCCUCUUCACCCACAAUUUGUUAGAGUGUCUGCGAGAAAAGGUGGUUGAAAUAAACGCUUUGGAACUGGAGUUGCACACUCUACUUUCCAGCCAGAUGGAGGCACUGUGUGCUCAGAGACGACAGAAGAUCCAAGAGCAUGCUAACCACUUGCAGCAGCUCAGCAAAAAUGGAAGUCAGCUGGGAGACAGUACCAAUGGAGCUGCGACUGGAUGUGGCGAUGAAGCUGAAGAAGAUUGUGGUAUACCUGCGGACACACGGUCGUCGAGUGAGGAUGAAGACCAUCUGGAGAAGCAAACAGCGGACAUCCUGCAGAGGUCACAAGCGGUGUUUGCCGACGUUCACGAUGACUUUCACGACGUUAAAAGGAUCUUGUCUCGAUUUGAAGAAUGGCGGGCCUUCUAUUCGGAGUCUUACCACAGUGCCUACAUCUCCAUUUGUCUGCCCAAGCUGUUAAACCCCAUCAUAAGGCAUCAUCUGCUUGUGUGGAACCCUCUUAAGGAUACCUGCAUGGACUUUGAAAAAUCCCCAUGGUUCACAGCAGUGGAGACCUUCUGUCACGGUCACGGGCAUGAGGAGUUGGAACACUCGGACAGAGAAAUGCUGUGUAAUGUCAUAGAAAGGACCGUCAUACCUAAAAUAACAGCCUUUGUAGAUCUAAUGUGGGACCCCAUGUCUCUCCGUCAGUCAACCAGUCUCACUGAUCUUUGUCACCGACUGAAAGAGGACUAUUCUAUCUUUGAAGGAGAGCAGAGAAAACCAGUUAAGACGCUCACAGAAGCUGUGAUUGGACGUCUGCGGAGCUGUGUAGAUGAAGACGUCUUCAUUCCGCUCUACCCCAAAAAGCUCCUAGAUGAUCGUUUGUCUCCGCAGAGUCGCUUUAGAAAUCAACAAUUCUGGACGGCCAUUAAGCUGCUGGGAAACAUGGGAAAAUGGGACAUGCUAUUACCCGAUUCUACACUGAAGGAGCUCAUGUUGGACAAACUGCUGAGCCGAUACCUGAUGAUCACCCUGUGCAGUCAGAUGCCAUCGGAUAGCAAUCUUCAUGCUUGCAAAACGAUCGCCGACAGUCUGCCGCUCAAUUGGUUCAAAGGAGAAAACGAAUGUUUGCCUCAGCUGCAGUCAUUCAGAAACCACCUCGUUCAGAAGGCUCACAACAUUUGCAAACAGCCUACCGAUGAUCCAAAUACUAGGCUCGCUGUGGUGGAAGUGCUGAAAAUCCUAAGUACAAUUCGAUGCCAUGACUCCAUCAUGGCCAUAACAGAAAAAUACCACUACAAGGAUGUCAUCUAUUCUCAUCAGCUGCUCAAUCAGGAGACUGGAUGAACAAACAUGUCACAAGUUGGAUCAAAGGACGGCACACUUUUUCAUAAUUUUUUAAAGCAACAGUCGGCGACAAGAUGAGCGGGGACUACACAAUGAUCUUUCUUGUGUCUGUACAGGAAAACUGUUUUUAUAAAUUCAUAUUUUAUUUUGACUGUUGGUUCACACUAUUGUAACAAUGUGGCUCCAGAAACAUGCACAGCAACACAUCAUGCUGGCUUUAUCAAUGAUUGCAGUUCUUUCCUCAAACUGUCAUGUCAUGAACACGUUUCCUCUAAUGGAUGCAAUUCACAAGACAGUCGUAACAGGUUAUAAAAAAUGUGCCAAAAUACUGAGUAAUUACUGAGGUGUGAUAUUGGGUUGGUGACUCCAAAUUGUCCAUAAUAUCUAUGGUAUUCUGGAAUGUGAGUGCGAAAGUAUGCUAUUCGAGCGAUCCUUUCUUACCAAUGUCUAUUUGUUGCAUUGUCUGUAUUUGAUAUGCUGUUAGUUGUUUAAAAUGAAUAAAGUUUAAUAUACUUUUGC